UAUAUAUACAUUAUGUAGCUAUCUACGUAAUAUAAUUUCCCGUUUCUCGAAAAGAGCAGUGAUUCUUUAAUAAUACUCGAAAUCGGUGAACCGAGAAUAUCGUAAAAUUUUGAAGCAAUCGUGUCGUUUGGUUUAAGAGCGCUUUUUCUCUCUCGUAAAGGGAACGAAUGCUGUCCAUUGUACGCGCGAUGCGCGGAAAGAGCAGUGUAUUCCUCGUAAUGUAUCACUUGGAGGAACGACAGGAAACGCUACAAUUGCGUAGGAAGCUCGAAGAGGUAAAUGCAAAGUUCGUUCAACUACAGCAAGCUUUCGUGAUGAAACUACGAUCGCAGAAGCAUCGAGAAACACGAUUCGACCGUCUGACUCUCGAAAACCAAGAGAUUCAAAGAUUCGCCGAGGAAUGCUUGCGAGACGUCACGGAAAUGAGAAUAAGGUUGAAAGAGACGGAGAACGAGAGGGAUCUUUGGAAAAACACGGCAAUGCGUGGACGGAAAAAAGCAGAGCGGAUGAGAAGCGAGGCCAAAGUCGUGGAGGAAUCUCUUGAAAAGAAGCGAGAAAGCGUUUCGAGAAGCAUACGAAACGAACAGAGGGAAAAACAGCUCGAGGAAUUAUCCGGUUUUUACAACGAAGCUAAAGAAAAGAUACGUCGUCUUGAAGAGGAAACGAAGGAAAACGCGACGCGAAAGGAAUCCUUUGAAGCGAGAGCGCGCGAAUUAGCGAAUCUGUUGGAAACUUUGGAGCACUUCGAUCUCGACGUUAAAACCUUGUGUCGUCUUACCGCGGAGGCCGUGGAAAAUUUGACCAAAGUCGGACUACACUUUGCGGAAACUAUAAAGAAAUUGAGACAGUUUACUUGGAAAACCGAUGACAAAGAGUGCGAUACCGAAACGAACAAACUGAGGUCUCAAAAUUUGGUACUGCGAGAAAUUGUGAAGAGUCUUAAGCGAAGGGCGCAAUUUCGAUCGGAGAAUCAAGCUUCGAGAGAGAAAGAUUUAAAGGAAAGUAUCAAUGAGAGAGAAAACAAAAUCGAAGAGUCGCAUAAUUAUAGGGAUUUAAAAGCUAACGAUAACAACGCUAACGUAAAAAAGAAUCGAAAUCAAACCUGGAUGCAGCACGAAACGAACUCGAAAGGAAACGACGACGUAGAAAAUGUUGUAAAUGACACAUCCUUCAAAAAUGAUUUUGGAGAGGAUCAAACGUUUAUAAACGACAGGACAGAAUCUAAAGAAAAAUGCUUUUCAACGAGAUAUAAUCGCGAUAGUAAGGAAAUCGUGUCCAACGAGGUUGAUGAAAAAUUGCUCUGCAUCGAAUCGCAUAAAAACGGGAUUUUUUAUGACGAAUAUGUGAUCGGAUUCUCAAACAAUCGACAAAUGAAAAUCAAACAUUCGCCCGAGGCCAGUACAAAGGCGGCGCACUUAAAAUUGGAAAUUGUGGAUUGCGAAGAAAAAUAUCAGGAAAGUCCCCCGGAUAAAGUAGUAAUACUCUUGAAAAAUCUUUGGACGUCCAUUAAAAUCAACCGUACCGGCAUUAAUUGUGCCACUCAAACGGUGUUAACUCGAAAACGUGAUAAUUAUACGCAAACUUCGAUCACUGAAAUACGCAAUUUUCUACGAUUAAAUGUUGGCUAUACGAUGUUAAAUAGUGAAAAACGUGCCAUUGAAAGGAAUUUAUCUAGUUUGGAAGAGACCGUAGCUCGUUUAAAGUCUAACACGUUACAUCAUGCACGAUCUAUGAUUGGGAAAAAUUACAAAUGUUUGAGGAACGAUGAAUUUUUUGAGUGCAUCGAACGUUUGGCUGGAGGCUAA